CGUAGCCCGGAAGUUUUCCGUCCUGAACCUUGGUGGGGGCCCACGUGGGUUGGGCUUAGAAGUGCGCGGAUCUUGCUAUCCUACCUGCAGGAACAGGAGUUCGGGCGCCAUGGGGAAGCUGCGCCGGAGGUACAACAUCAAGGGGCGCCAGCAGGCGGCCCCCAGCACCUCGAAAGGCCCUCCCGAGCCGCCCCCCGUGCGGCUGGAACUGGAGGAUAAGGACACGUUGAAAGGAGUCGAUGCAAGCAAUGCUCUUGUCCUUCCCGGGAAGAAGAAGAAAAAGACCAAAGCCCCUCCCCUGUCCAAGAAGGAGAAGAAGCCUCUGACCAAGAAAGAACGGAAGAUGCUGCAGAGAAUCUUAGACCAGAAGGAGAAGAAGAGCCAGCGAGCUGAGAUGCUACAGAAAUUGAGUGAAGUCCAGGUUUCAGAAGCUGAAAUGAGACUCUUCUACACCACGUCCAAGCUGGGCACCGGGGAACGCAUGUACCACACCAAAGAGAAACCAGAUGAUAUGGCAGCCCAGGGUCCGGAGAAGAUCAGCAGCCUCAGUGGGGCCCACCGGAAGCGCCGCCGCCAGGAGGCAGAAGAAGAGUCUGAAUCCUCAGUGGACUCUGAGCCCGAGGAGGCCCCAACAGACAAUCGAUCAGAGGCCAGUGCAGGGUCGGCCCCAGUGCACCUGCCACCAGCUCCAUCUGGGGCCACAGGCCAGAGCCCAGUGCCCAGCGGCCCAGCCAAGACUCCUGCCCCUCCGGCAGCUACUCCCACAGCAAUCUCUGCUCUGGCCAGGCCCGCAUCGAAGCCUGCCGUCUUCAUCCCUGUGAACCGCUCCCCUGAAAUGCAGGAAGAGCGGCUGAAGCUCCCGAUUCUCUCUGAAGAACAAGUGAUCAUGGAGGCAGUGGCUGAGCACCCUAUCGUCAUCGUAUGUGGUGAGACCGGCAGCGGGAAGACCACCCAGGUGCCGCAGUUUCUCUACGAAGCAGGCUACAGCAGCGACAAUAGCAUCAUCGGCGUCACGGAGCCCCGCCGAGUGGCCGCCGUGGCCAUGUCCCAGCGAGUAGCCAAGGAGAUGAAUCUGUCGCCACGGGUAGUCUCCUACCAGAUCCGAUAUGAAGGAAAUGUGACCGAAGAGACCAGAAUCAAGUUCAUGACUGAUGGUGUCUUGCUCAAGGAAAUCCAGAAGGACUUCCUGCUGCUGAAGUACAAGGUGGUGAUCAUUGACGAGGCCCACGAGAGGAGCGUGUACACGGACAUCCUCAUCGGCCUCCUGUCCCGCAUCGUGUGUCUCCGAGAGAAGAGGCACCUGCCGCUGAAGCUGCUCAUCAUGUCGGCCACGCUGCGAGUGGAGGACUUCACCCAGAACCAGCGGCUCUUCACCCAGCCACCCCCGGUCAUUAAGGUCGAGUCCCGGCAGUUCCCGGUGACAGUGCACUUUAACAAGCGGACGCCACUGGAAGACUACAGUGGGGAGUGCUUCCGGAAGGUCUGCAAGAUCCAUCGCAUGCUGCCCGCAGGCGGCAUCCUGGUGUUCCUCACGGGGCAGGCAGAGGUGCACGCUCUGUGCCGCAGGCUGAGAAGAGCUUUCCCCCUCACCAGACACAGGCCCCAAGAAAAGGACGAUCAGAAAGAUUCAGCAGAAGAAACGAGGAGGUUUAAGAAGUCGCGGGCACGGGCGAGGAAGGCCCAGGCUGUGACGCUGCCCCAGAUCAGCUUGGACAAUUACUCGGUGCUGCCAGCGGGCGAAGGCGAUGAGGACAGGGAGGCAGAAAUGGACGACGAGGAGGAGGCGGCCCUGGGCUCUGACCUGGAUCUGGACUUAGGGGAUGACGGGGCAGACGGAGGUGAGCAGCCCGAUGCCUCGCUCCCCCUCCACGUGCUCCCUCUGUACUCACUGCUGGCCCCGGAGAAGCAGGCGCAGGUCUUCCAACCUCCCCCAGAGGGGACACGGCUCUGUGUCGUGGCCACCAACGUGGCCGAGACGUCCCUGACCAUCCCGGGCAUCAAGUACGUGGUGGACUGUGGGAAGGUCAAGAAGAGGCACUACGACCGUGUCACUGGCGUGUCCUCCUUCCGCGUCACCUGGGUCUCCCAGGCCUCAGCCGAUCAGCGGGCGGGCCGCGCGGGCCGGACGGAACCCGGCCACUGCUACAGACUCUACUCAUCUGCAGUUUUCGGUGACUUUGAGAAGUACCCGCCUCCUGAAAUCACCCGGAGGCCGGUGGAGGAUUUGAUCCUUCAGAUGAAAGCUCUCAACAUCGAAAAGGUCAUCAACUUCCCCUUUCCGACACCCCCCUCCGUGGAGGCCCUCAUCGCUGCUGAGGAGCUGCUGAUUGCACUGGGUGCCCUGCAGGCUCCCCCAAAAACAGAGAGGGUGAAACAGCUACAGAGGUCCCGGCUGAGCUGCCCCAUCACCGAGCUGGGCAGGACCAUGGCCACGUUCCCCGUGGCGCCACGCUAUGCCAAGAUGCUGGCGCUGAGCCGGCAACACGGCUGCCUGCCCUACGCCAUCACCAUCGUGGCUGCCAUGACUGUCCGGGAGCUGUUUGAGGAGCUGGACAGGCCAGCCGCCAGUGAUGAGGAGCUCGCCAGACUGAAGGGCAAGCGGGCCCGCGUGGCCCAGAUGAAGAGGAUCUGGGCAGGGCAAGGAGCUUCUCUGAAGCUUGGAGACCUCAUGGUGCUCCUGGGUGCCGUGGGAGCCUGCGAGUAUGCAGGCUGCUCACCCCAGUUCUGCGAGGCCAACGGACUGCGGUACAAGGCCAUGUUGGAGAUCCGGCGACUGCGGGGCCAGCUGACCACUGCAGUCAACACCAUGUGCCCUGAGGCUGGGCUCUUCGUGGACCCUAAGAUGCAGCCACCUAACGAGAACCAGGUGACCUACCUGCGGCAGAUUGUGACAGCCGGCCUGGGUGACCACCUGGCCCGCAAAGUCCAGAGCGAGGACCUGGUGGAUGACAAGUGGAAGAACGCCUACAAGACGCCCCUCCUCGACGAGCCUGUCUUCAUCCACCCCAGUUCUGUGCUCUUCAGGGAGCUCCCUGACUUUGUGGUCUACCAGGAGAUUGUGGAGACCACCAAGAUGUACAUGAAAGGCGUCUCGACCGUGGACAUGCAGUGGAUUCCGGUCCUGCUGCCUUCUUACUGCCAGUUUGACAAGCCCCUGGAGGAGCCGCCCCCUGCCUACUGCCCCGAGAAGGGGCGGAUUCUGUGUCACCGGGCCAGCGUGUUCUAUCGCGUUGGCUGGCCGCUCCCGGCCGUCCAGGUGGAUUUCCCAGAAGGCCUUGACUGCUACAAACACUUUGCCCGGGUUCUGCUGGAGGGGCAGGUCUUCCCCAAGCUGGCCUCAUACAAGGGCUGUUUGCUGUCCAGCCCCAGCACGAUGCUGAAGACAUGGGCCAGCAUGAUGGACAGAAGGAGACCUCCUGGGCAGGGCUGGCCUGGCAGUGGACUUCAAGAUGCCCCAUGUCCUGCAUCCCACCCACAGGCUGCAGCCCAGGACAGAGAGCCUCCUGAGAGCCCUUGUUGCCAAGAAAGCCAGCUGCCGAGAUGCCUUGCUGGUGGCUUGGAGCAAAAACCCCAAAUACCUGCUGGCCGAGUACCUUGAGUGGCUCCCACAAGCCAUGCACGCUGAUGUUGAGAAAGCCUGGCCGCCCACCCCUAACCACUGAUGCGGCGCCUGCCUGCGGGCCAAGGGGGCCUGGCAGCAAUCAGGGUCCGCUGUGGCCACCCUGACUCCAGACUGCACUCAGGAGAUGGGUGGAGCCCCGGGACACCCUCUUGGCUCAAUCCUGGGCACAACUUGCUGCCAUCCUGGGCAGUCCAACCCAGGGUGACUUUUUUAACUAUUUAUCACAUAAUGGAUAAUGGUUUUAUCUCCCACGCUGGUCCCGUUUUAAACAUGCUCUGUGGACUACAUUAGUCCCUUGUAGAGCAGCAGGGCCAAGGGUGAAGGCAACCGUGGACCCUUCCUCUGCUCUUCGUUCCCUGCCUGUAUGGUGCAAGCCCCUCCCCUGCCCCAGCCAGGGAGGGCCCCCAGGGCUCCAGCCGGCUCCUGUGGAGCGGGCAGGGUCAGCUCCCCGCCGGCUACAUUGCUGUGUAAUAAAUCAUAACUGACAACAGCUGUA